AUGGAGGAGCAUACGGAGGAGGCAACGUCUCGCCUAUGCGUGAAGAACAUCCCCAAAUACCUGACCGAGAAGCGCCUCAAGGAGCACUUUGCGUCCAAGGGUGUGGUCACGGACGUCAAAAUCCUGAAGACAAAAUCGUUCAUUGACACCAGCCGCCUCGCCGUUGAGUUUGCGCGCCGCUUUCGGGACGCAGAGGCGCCGCGGCCAUGGAGCAAAUAUUCUGAGGGCAGCAGCAAGCACAAAAAGCUUGUCACAUCCGAUGAGCAGCAGCAGGAGCAGCAGCAGCAGCAGCACCAAAUCGGCAAGGACGGCGCCGGCGCCAAGGGCGGCAAAAAAGGCAAGGCGGACGGGGACGCUGCGGCGGGGGCCGGCGCGGCGGCCGCCGGCGCGGAAGCAGACGAGAAGCUGGCGGAGUUCCUGUCGCUGAUGCAGCCGCGCGGCAAGGCGCGUGUGUGGAGCAACGACGAGCUACUGCCGGGGUCAGCAAAGGCGCCGCCCGCGGGCACGGCCGCGCAAGGCAAGAAGGGCAAGCGGCUGCCGGCCGCCGCCGCCGCCGCAGACAAGGGCCCUUCCGCGGCAGCUGCCAAGGCAGGGAAGCGCGGCGCCGGGGCCGCCGCGGGCGGGGGCGCAGGCGCGGGGGAGCGGGUGGCGUUUGAGGGGGACGAGGAUAGCGGCAGCGGCGACGAAGACGUUGAGGCGUUCGAGCCGCGGGACCUGGCAAACGGCGGCGGCGACGCCGCCGCACGGCGGCGGAGGGGCGAGGGCAUUGCUGGUGGCGGCAGUGGCGAUGAGGAGGAUGAGGAGGAUGGGGAGGAGCUGGCUGUGAAGGAUAGGGUCGUGGUGGAUGAGGGGGUAUCUGAUCUUGACUAUCUGCGGUCGCGGAUGAGGGCCACACUUGAGGAGGAUGAGGAAGAGGAGGAGGAGGAGCUUGAAGGCGGGGAGGCACAGGGGCAGGGUGGCUCGGACGAGGGGGACGAGGAGAUGGAGGAUGGCGGCGGCGAGGAGGAGGAGGGCGGCGGGGCAGACGAGGAGGGCGGCGGCGGCGGGGAGUUUGACGCAGCUGCGCGGGGCGACCAAGCCGGCGUCGGGCCCUCUGGCGGCGGCGGCGGCGGCAGGGGCGGCGGGGGCGGCGACUUGGAGCGGCAGAUCCUGGACACUGGGCGGCUGUUUGUGCGUAACCUGGCGUACGACACGACGGAGGCCGACGUCUCUGAGGCGUUUGGGCGGUUUGGGGGGCUGGAGGAGGUGCACCUGGUGCUGGACAGGGACACCAAGCGGUCGCGGGGCAUCGCCUAUGUGCGAUUUGCGCUGCCCGAGGAUGCGGUUGCGGCCUUCAGGGCGCUGGACAUGACCCCGCUGCAGGGCCGCCUAAUGCACGUGCUGCCAUCGAAGCGCCACCCCGGCGACGAGACCGGCGCUGCCGCCGUGGCCGCCGACGCGGACGGCGGCGGUGGUAACAGCGGCGCGGGCGGGUUCAAGGCGCAGCGGGAGCAGCAGCGCAAGGCGGACGCCGGCAACCGCGCGGCGUGGAACAGCCUGUUCAUGCGGGCAGACACGGUGGCCGAGGCGGUGGCGGCGCACUACGGCGUGACUAAGGGGCAGCUGCUGGACCGGGAAGCUGCGGACCUGCCAGUCAGGAUGGCCCUGGGGGAGGCUCAGGUGGUGUCUCAGACCAAGGCGGCCCUGUCAGAGGCGGGCGUCAACGUGGCGCAGCUGGAGGCCGCAGCGGCCGCGGCCGGCAAGGCCGCCGCAUCAAAGUCUGUGUCGCGGUCGCCCAGCACCCUGCUGGUGAAGAACCUGCCCUACAGCGCUGACGAGGACGAACUGGCGGACCUCUUUGGCAGAGCCGGCACGGUGGCGCGGCUGGUGCUGCCUCCCACGCACACCCUGGCCCUGGUGGAGUAUGCCGAGCCCCAGGAUGCGCGGUCGGCCUUCAAGGCACUGGCUUAUAAAAAGUACCGCCACGUACCCUUAUACCUGGAAUGGGCGCCCAAGGCAAUCUGGGACGCGCCGCCACCAGCCGCCGCAGCAGCCCCCAAGUCGGCGGCGGCGAAGGCGAAGCCCGCGGCGGCCAGCGGCGUGGCGGGUGAGCAGCAGCAGCAGCAGGCAGGGGAGGCCGACGGCGGCGGCGGCGGCGGCGGCGGCGGCGGCGGCGGCGGCGGCGGGCGGCAGCACGCGGCAGCAGCAGUGGCGGCGGAGGACGAGGAGGAGGGCGGCGCCGCCGGCCCCACGGGCUCGAUCUACGUCAAGAAUUUGAAUUUUGCGACGACAGACAAGGCCCUCUCCCGCCAUUUCGACCGCGCCGCGUCGGCCGCCGGCGCGCGCGUCGUCAGCGCCAAGGUCGCACGGCGGCCGGGGCCGGACGGGAAGCUUCUCUCGCUCGGCUUCGGCUUUGUGGAGCUCGACUCGCCAGGCGCCGCGAAGGAAGUUGCCAAGCAGCUGCAGGGGUCCAUGCUCGACAAGCACAAGCUCCAGCUGCAGCUGUCGAAACAUAAGGAGGGCGGCGCGGCGGACAAGAAGUCGGCGAAGCGCAAGGGCGCGGCGGGGGAGGGCGAGGAGGCCGGCACCAAGCUGGUUGUGCGCAACGUCGCUUUUGAGGCGACGCGCGGCGACAUCGUCGGGCUGUUCGGGCCGUUUGGGCACAUCAAGUCCGCCCGGCUCCCGAAGAAGUUCGACGGAAACCACAGGGGGUUCGCGUUCGUCGAGUUUGUCACUAAGCAAGAGGCGAAGAACGCGCUCGAGGGGGUGGGGGGGACCCAUUUGUAUGGGCGGCGGCUGGUGGUGGAGUAUGCGCAGCAGGGGGAGGAGGGGCUCGACGAGCUCAGGGCCAAGGCGGGCGCCAAGUUCAGGGGGGACGCGGAGGAGGGGGCGGAGGAGCAGGCGGCGCCGGCGAAGCGGCUGAGGCGGACGCUGUGA